CUGCUGGCGCCCGUGGGGGACCCCGAGAAGCUGAUCUGUGUGGGGCUCAACUACCGUGACCACUGCCAGGAGCAGGGCCUGAAGGUGCCCAAGGAGCCCAUCAUCUUCAGCAAGUUCCCCAGUGCCAUCACCGGGCCCUUCGAUGACAUCGUGCUCCCCCAGGACAGCACUGAGGUGGACUGGGAGGUGGAACUGGCCGCUGUCAUUGGGAAGAGGGGCCAGCACAUCGAGGAAUCGGCAGCCCUGGAGCACGUGGUGGGGUUCAUGGUGGCCAACGACGUGAGCGCCCGGGACUGGCAGAUGCGCAACGGGCGGCAGUGGCUGCUGGGGAAAACCUUUGACACCUUCUGCCCCCUGGGGCCAGCCCUUGUCACCAGGGAGGCAGUGAAAGACGUGCACGACCUGGGGAUCCGCUGCAGCGUCAAUGGGCACCUGAUGCAGGACAGCAGCACCCGCCACCUUGUCUUCGGGGUGCCCACCCUCAUCGCCUGGGUGUCCCGGUUUGUGACACUGGUCCCUGGGGACAUCCUGCUGACAGGGACUCCUGGUGGAGUGGGGGUCUUUCGGAAACCCCCUGUCUUCCUUAAGCCCGGGGACGAGGUGCAGUGUGAGAUCGAGGAGCUGGGCACCAUCUGCAACCGGGUGGUCUGACGGUGGAGGGACCCCCAAAUCCCACCCCCUGUGGGAUCAAUAAAUCAAUGAGGCAUCAGGUCCCUGUGCCCCAUUUAUGACUCUGAGGGGGGGGUGUUACAACUGGGUGAACUGGUGGAUGAAGGCUCUCAGCUUCUCCCGGUUGGAAGCAGACUGGAAAGGCUGGGAGAGCUGGAGG